AUGCCGAAACAACGAUCGAAAUUUGAUGAAUCGAUGCUUCAUCAUUUUGACCGUGCAUUUCAUACAAUUAUUACAAAACAUCAUGUCGAUCUUCGUUAUGUUUUAUCACCUUAUCUACAUAACAUGUUACUUUAUCAUGCAAAACGUCAUGAAAUUGAUUUUGUUGGCUAUACAUAUGAAUUAAUUGGAAUUAUGUCGUAUUAUUUGAAAUCAUCGUAUAUUUAUCGAUUUAAGAGCUGUGAAAAUCCUUCACCAACACAUUUUUAUCAAAUAUUAAUCGCUCUUUCAGCUUUUGGUAAAUCAACACUUCAUACGUUACUUAAAUCAUCAGUGAUGAAUGAAUAUAGUGUUCGAAUGAAUGGUGAAGAAUAUAAUCAUCGAAAAUCUGGUUUUCUGGAUGGUUUUGAUGCUUUUGUCGAUGAAACAAGUGCUGCUGGACUGCAAACAGGUCUCGUUAAUGGAGAUAAAAUGAUAUUUAGCGAUGAAGGAGACAAUAUUCUUAAAACUAAUGGUCUUUUGGGUGCAAUUAGAACGUUUAAUAAAGAGUUAAAAUCAGGUUCACUAGCAGCUAACAUAGGUCGUUUAACUAUUAGUUGUCUAAGUACAAGUGAACCAAUUAUCAGAAUGCUGGCACGUCGUUUUAGUGGCGGUUCUACUUGUCCAAUGCUUGAGCGAUUCGCCGUUUUAUAUGCUGAAACGAAACCAAAAUACUCUUUCCAGCGUCCACAAACAAUUAAACAUAAAAUGCCAUCAUUAUCUCAGUAUAUUAUGGUUCUUGGACAAAUAAAUAAUAUAGAUUUUUAUUUUGAUAAUGAUGCUGAAAAUCUAUAUGCUGCAUACGGUGAUGCUUUAACAUAUGCAAUGAAAGAAAAUGAACGAAAUGCUCCAUGGUUGAGUACUCGAUUCGGUAAAAGCAGAGACCAUUCACUUCGUCUUUGUGCCCUUAUUCAAGGAUUGGAAAUGGCAGCUGUUGUUUGUCAUGAUCUUUUUGUUGAAGAUCCGACAUAUAUUAAUGGCUUUGCAGAUAAACGGUUUUUUGAUGCAGCUGUAAAAAAAACCAAUGAACUUUUUUUUCCAUUAUCAAAUGAUCAAAGACGUUUAUCAAUUGGAAUUGAAGUUGUACAAAGUGCAAUUUAUUUGACUAACAAAAUUAUUGAGCAAUAUCGAGAGAUUCGAAUGGACUUAUCAUUAGUAACUGAAGUAUUACCUACCGAACAAAAGAAUGUUGGUAUGAAGAGAAAGCAAAAUGUUACUGGUUAUGAAGAAGAUCACCUUCAAGGUGAAGAAGAAUCAACAUCGACCAAAUAUAACAACAAUAGAUUAACUAACAAAAAGGUUCGUGAAAAUCAAACUGUAGCAAAAGCAGUUUCUAUGUUUAAUCCAACAUCUGAUGAAGGUAUUAGAAUUAUUAAAUUAAUUCUUCUUGUCAAUGCUUCCAUCUUAACCAAAUCAGUAUGGUCGCGUCAUCCGACUCUCAAAAACUAUAUUCCAUUACUUGUACCAGCACUUCAACAUUUAAUAGAUGUGGAACUAUUAAUGGUAUUUGAACGUGGUGCCAUUGUUACUUCAAAUGAACACCGAUUCGUACCUAUUUAUAUUAAAAAGAUGAUUUCACCUUUAUCUGCAAAAGAAAAUAUGGCAUUGUCCAAAUUAUUGAAGAUGUUCAAUAUUGAACACUCAGUAUAUGUUGCUACAUGGUCCAAUAUUUCUUUAUCUUCGACAAUUACGUUAACAGAAGAAGUAUAUGAUUUUUUAUCUGCUGCACCAUAUUCGACAUUUAUAUCUGAUAAUAUUAUUCAAUGGGCUCCAAAAUGUCGACGACAAUUAUCGUCCAAUAUUAAUAACAGUCAAACAAGAGAUCAUAGUGAAAUUACACAAACAGUCAUACCUUUAACACACGCAUCAGCUUCAUCGAUAAAUGUCCGCACAAAUAUGAUGCCAAAAGUAUUAAUUGGUUCUUCUAGUAAUAUAACAAUUCAUAACAAUGAAAUAGAACAAGAAAAUCAUCAACAGGAACAAACGAACAGUGUACCAAUGGAAACGACAAAUCAACCACUUACUCUUUUACCAGUCGGUAGUUUACCAACAGCAGCAAAUUUAAUGUUAACACGACAAACAAUUCAUAAAAAAUUUAAAAGAUAA